AUGUUGUAUAGAAUAAUGAAAAAUAAGAAGAAAAAUGAAAAUAUAUCGACUGAAGAAAAAGUAGAACAAUUAGUAGAAAAUGUUAAUACACAAAAGCGUGAAGAAAUUAAAGAGCAACUAAUGUUUGGUGAAAUACUUUCAAGAAGUGUUAGAGAAGGGUAUAAGUGCUUGAGGAAAAAGGAUAAGAAAGAAUUCUCUAAUGUAGUUAUGACGAAAAAGGAAAGUUUAAAAAAUAUAAACUCUUGA